AUGGAUAUUUUCUCAGCUCAUAGUCCGAUCAACUUCGGCUUUCCAUCUUUGAAGCUUUUCAGUCUUCCUCCAAGCCAGCCUUACAAGCCGAUACCACGGCCUCCGCCCAGCGUGCCUUCGCAUGUAUUGGCGAAUUCGCUGUUUCAGCGGAUACGUAUUGACCCUGAUAUAUUUUAUACUUCCCUUGACAUCAAGUUUGUCCUCACUUUCACGGCGAUAUAUGUCACUACGGUUCUUUACUUAAAUAAAUUCAACGCCAGUCGGCAAUAUCGGCCAUGGCGUUUCACCAAAACUUCCGCAUUCAAGGCCCUGGUUGUGGCGCAUAAUGCACUCCUUGCUCUCUUUUCAGCAUGGACUUUUUGCUCGCUCUUUACGAUCAUAUUGCCCCUUUGGGACGUGGCUGUCGCCAACGCGGGUCCUAAUUAUUACGCUCAUGUGGCGGAAUUGCUCUGUGAAACGGACUCCAAUGCAUAUCGAGUCCUGCCAAUAUCCAAAAGCCUAUGGGAAGCAGGAGGCAGCUACGUCGGCUGGCUCUUCUAUAUGAGCAAGUUCUACGAAGUCGUAGAUACGCUGAUCAUCCUUGCGCGAGGGAAGAAAAGCUCAACGUUGCAAACAUACCACCAUGCUGGAGUGAUCAUAUGUGGGUGGGCAACAGUGCUAUAUGAGUCCCCCUUGGGAGCUAUUGGUGUAGUUUUGAACUCGGCAAUCCAUACAUUGAUGUACACGUACUUUACAAUUCAAACACUCGGUAUCUAUGUCCCUGUGGGCUUCAAACGCACCCUGACAAAGCUUCAACUUGCACAAUUCUUUGUCGGCUGGAUCUGGGGGUACACAUACUUGUUUAUGAGUUACAAGGUUCCAUUGGAUGUGACUGCAGGAAGUAUCAACAAUGGAUCCACACCGAGAUUGGACUCGGGCAAGAGCCACGAUAAUAUCCGCAAGGGCUUGCAAAUCAAGAUGUCGACAAGUGAAAGUGCAGUCUCAUGCUUGAGUGACAGUGGGGAAGCCUUCACCAUUAUCGUUACGAGCAUCUAUAUUAUUCCCUUGAUCUACCUGUUUGCGCAGUUUUACAUCAAGGCAUACAUGAAACAGGACAGUGAUGAUUGA